CAGUCAGUCAGUCAGUCAGUCAGUUUAUCGCUCUAUGCCAUCAGCCUCACAGGAUUAUUCAGCGUUGACACACCCCUACUGCAUCUACUCCUUUUCUCGUCGCUGAUCUCUGCCGUCGAUCCGAUCGCCGUCUUAGUGGUCUUCGAAGAGGUCAGAGUUAACCAGAUCCUGUACAUUACCGUUUUUGGCGAAUCAUUAUUAAAUGACGCCGUUACUGUGGUAUUGUAUAACGUGUUCAAUGCUUUUGCACAAAUUGGCAGUAGCAACAUUCUUCCGGUGGACAUUAUAUCAGGAUUUGUGUCAUUCUUCGUCGUUGGACUUGGUGGAGUGGUUAUUGGAUUGAUAUGGUCGGUGAUAACAAGCUUUACUACAAGAUACACUCAGCAUGUGCAGGUAUUAGAACCACUGAUAAUUUUUGCCAUGGCUUAUGCUUCAUACCUCACGGCUGAAAUGGUACAUUUGUCCGGUAUUCUAGCAAUCGUCUUCUGUGGCAUUACCAUGAAGCAAUACAUCAUUGGAAACGUCUCUAAGAAUUCACAGACCACAAUACGAUACGCGUUAAAGAUGCUCAGCUCAAGCUGCGAAACAGUGAUCUUCAUGUUCUUGGGCCUAUCGACGGUCAGUGCGGAGCACAUGUGGGACACCGCAUUCGUCAGCCUGACAAUCUUUUUCUGCCUGGUCUAUCGGACAAUAGGAGUGGUGCUGCAGACAUUUUUCAUCAACAAGCUGCGUCUCAUUAAAUUGAAUACUAUCGAUCAAUUUAUUCUCGCUUACGGAGGCCUACGUGGGGCCAUCGCCUAUGUGUUCGUCACCACUACCAUAGUCGUCAUCUACUUCACUGUGUUUUUUCAGGUAUCGUCUACUGUAGUUGUGUGUCAACAUUUUUCCACAGAAAAUGUUUCGAUUUGUGACCGUGACAGGAACGUAAAGUUUAUAAAGUUGAUCGAGCCACUUUGUUAG